GUUCGAGUUGUGGCGCGUUUAGUGGUGAGAGGAAAGUGAUCCAACGAGCGCACAAGGAGUACAAAGUGAACGAGUCUCAUAGCUUCACUCACAGGACAAUUUUGUUUGCCACGUUAAGCAAACAUAUAUACAUCAAUCUUGCGCCAAUUUUUAUAAACAAGCCGGAAGAUGCCGGCGUUAAUGCUGUUUGGAAGGAAGUGGCUCGCUGCUACUGAUGAUCUAGUAUAUCCGGGAUUAUUCGAAAUCUUCAUUCGCAUUGUUUGGCUUGUGUUAAUUGGAAUCGCAUGUUUAAAAUAUUAUGGUGAAACAUGGAAAUGUCAAUCAGGAGGAGGUUUAGUCAGAGUUUAUUUAGUUGGAGAAAUAGUCAUGUUAGGAAUCGUAACUAUUUUAGUAUGUUUUAUAGUUAAUCACAGUGCAAGAGGAUCGAUUACUGAUACUUUUGCCCGUCGUUUUGUUCCACCUCUUCUAACAGUCAAAAUUCUAUUGAUACCCAUUGAAAUUGUAUGGAAUAUUCUUGGUUCAUUAUGGGUGCUGAGUGAAAAUAUUCAAUGUAAUAAUGAUCAUUACACCAUAACUGUCGUGAAGGUCCUGAUAUUUUUCGACUGGGUGCUAAUUGGCUUGGCGAUACUUGGCUUGGCACUGGUCUUCGAUCCACUUGGUACAUUCGGGAUGGAGGACAAGGUUCUUGAAGAUGCAAUUGAACAUAAAAAAGUUUCCAGGAUCUGGCUUCGACGAUUCAAGUUUUUCUGGUGGAUGCGAAGAGAUGAAAGUGCCAACGAAACCUUUCAACAUGUUGCUGGUUUGAUGAGUUCACUUUUUCGUGGUACUGAUUUGGUCCCGUCGGACGUGUUGGCAGGAUGUGUUCUUCUGAGAGUUCGCCAGAAACGCGAGACCCUCGAAUUACGGAGACUUAACAUUCUGGAGAGACCGAAAUAUACCUCGGAUUCUCAAAGUAUUUUUGCUGGUGCACCAAAUUGGAUGUCCUUAGAAUGGGCACAACAUUAUAUGCAAUUAUCAAUUGCCUCCUAUGGAUGGCUUUUUGUUAUCUAUCAACACGCUUGCACUGGAUGUUUUCGCUUAAUUAAAGGCAUGACAUGUUGUGCAUGUUUCAGGAGAAAACGUAACAUUAUUGUAGAAGACAAUUGUUGCUUAUGCAAUCUUUCUGGCAUUAAAUAUCUUUCGAAAUUGUCUGAAGAUGAUAUCCUAUUCGCAUCCUUCAGAAAUCAUCUGUGUGAGAUACCAUUUUGUGUAAUUGCUGAUCAUAAAACAUCAAGUAUUGUAAUUGUUAUUCGAGGAUCAUUAUCAUUAAGGGAUGUAAUUACCGAUAUUAAUGCAGCUUCUGAUACAUUUGAAAUUGAAGGUCUUCCUCCUGGUAGCAUGGCACACAAGGGUAUGAUAGUUGGUGCAAAAGUUCUUUUGAAACAACUUAAUCAAUACAAAAUUUUAGAAAGUGCUUUUGAAAAAUAUCCUCAUUAUAAUUUAACAUUAACAGGUCAUAGUUUAGGAGCUGGUUUAGCUGUUUUAUUAGGUUUACUCAUCCGUCCAAAAUAUCCAGAGUUAAAAGUUUACGCAUUUGCAACUCCAGCUGGAUUAUUAAGUAGGGAAGCUGCAAAAGUAACUGAAGAGUUUGUAUUGACAAUAGGCGUCGGUGACGAUUUCAUCAUGAGAUUGAGUGUCGACAGUACUGAAAAUUUCAGAACUUCUUUACUUAUUACACUACAAGCUUGUCAACUACCUAAGUAUCGAGUUGUACUGAAUGGAUUUGGAUACAUGUUGUUUGGGGUUCCUGAUCGUGAUCUCAACAGGACAUGGAGGAAUGGCAAUACAAUUAAUUCUAUUCCAGGACAAUUACCCUUAUUAGUUGAAGCUGAUUCAGCAAGGCAAAGAGAAACAAGAAUUUUCGAACGAGAUCUUUCGAGGAGAAGAUUUUCAAAAGUUCGACUAUUCACUGCAGGACGAAUUCUACAUAUUGUAAGAUGUAAAAAUCCCUCUACAGAUAAAAAAAAAAAGAAAAAUAAUAAAGAUCGAAAAUACGAAAUGCGCUGGGCACAAGCCGAAGAUUUUAUGGAAAUGUCAGUAAUGCCACGAAUGCUUCUCGAUCAUUUGCCAGAAAAUUUGGAACUAGCUUUGGCAACUUUAAUUAAACAACAAGAUGAAACGCCAGUGUAUCUCGAUUCAUUAUAGCCGAAGGAGAAACGUAUCAUAUUUCAUUUAAAAAAAAUUAAAUCCUUACUCCAAGUCAUCAAAAUUUCAAGUAAUUAUAUUACAAUCAGAAAAAAAAAUUACGGUAUUGAAAAAAAAACAUUCGUGCAACAAAACUUUUUUAUUGAUAUUUUGUUUUCACGAAUAAAUUUGAUUUUUUCAAAUUUUUUUGAUCCUUCAACUAAUUUUUUUUUAUAUUUCAAUAAGAAAAUUUUGUUGCCUACACAACAAAAAAGAGACUUAAAUAUUAUAAUUAUGAAACAAAUUUUUGUUUUCUAUCAAAGCAAAAUUCCAGUUGCUCUUUAUUUGAGCAGUGAUUUAUGAAAAAAAAAAAAAGAAAAAAAAUAGUCCAUAUUUUGAUAAAUGAAAACUAUGCUUUGAUGUAAGAAUUAUCGCGAGGCUUGUUCCACUUCAUUUUUAUACACAUUAAUUUAUGUAAAUAAAUAGUAUUUAGUUUGUAAUACGAAUAUUAAAACAAAAUUUGAUACAUAAAAAAGUAGUUUUGUUAAAAUAGAAUUAAAAAAAAAAGAGGCGA